UUUUAGUAUCUGUUCUUGUGAUCAUGCGUGCUAUUUAUAAUCUUCUCUCCUUGUUAAUUAGGCUGAUGGUUAAGGUAGAUGGUUUACCUUCUUCGGUGCGUAAUAUUGAUUACAUGAUCGGGUUGUAUGAACAUUUCUCUUCAUGUGGAGAGGUCACCGAUAUUAGUGUUAUUCCCACAGUUGAUUUGGUCGACGGAAUCUUUGUUCCCACUAGACUUGCUGAGAUUUCUAUUAUGGGAGAAGGAUGUGUAGAGAAGGCGCUGGAACUAAGUGGACGUACCGCACAUGGAUGGAAUAUAGUAGUUCGUCGUCUUGACCCGCCAAUUCUCCGUAAAAGACAGCGUACCGGCUGUGAACAUCCAUGCUAAGAUGGAGAAGGCUAAGAAGAUGGAGAAGGCUAAGAUGGAGAAGAUGGAGA